AUGGCCGACCCGGCAAAGAAGAGGAGCAACCCCGCCACUUCGAGAGGAGGAGAGAGCCACACACGUGGUGCGAAGGCACCGCGUUUAGCCACCCGCGAUGGCCCUACCGAAGGUAGGGGCGGAAAACCUAGAAGUCCGCCAGCGGGUGGCAACAAGACUGCCAGCGGCCCUCUAGCUGCUGGAACCAGUAAGGCAGGCCCAAGUAACCUAUCCCCAAAAACAGGAGCCAGUGAUGCGGCCAACCUGGGGCCUGCCAAACAGACAAGAUACAAUUGUGAGGACUGCGGGAAGGCGUUCUACACCAAGAAUGGACUUACAAGACACAGACCCGCGUGUGGCACCGUAGAGCGGACCAAAUGCCAGUACUGCGGGUCGGAGUUUUCAUCUUUUACUGGCGUGCGACUGCAUGAGCACAGGGCACACGCCGCUGCAGUUAAUGACGAGAAGAGGGAGAGGCUGAAAAGGCCGGAAUCUGAACUGAUGCAGAUAAUGGCGAGAAUAGAAGCUGCCACUAUAAAGGGGCAACCCUUUAUAGACAGGAUGGUUUCAGAUACCGGCCUUACUCGCGACCAAGUGCGGCACAGAAGAAACAAACCCGUUUACAAGGAGUACCUCUGUGCCGCCAAAGAGAUCCAAACAAACAAUCUCCCUUUCCCUCGGCCUGUGCCCUCGGCUGGUGCAGCGCGCGCCAGUGCCCAUGUGGAAAUCCUAACAUCGAGGGUGAAUCAGUCCACACUGAGACAACUGCGGAGCAAUCUCCGCAGGAUAUUACCAACAAAGAGGACAGCGAAGACGACGGAGACGAACGGCGGUACGAAGCGACAACGUAAUGAGUCGAUGUCGCCUCUCAUGCAGCCGACGCCUAGAAGGGCGCGAUGCGAUCACGACCUCACUCCCCCCCACGCACAGCCCAAGACCCAGGUUACUGUUAACCACCAACUGCGCAGCUAUCUCGUCACUGAGCGGGAGGCUGCGGCAGCUGACGGCCUGGGUCAUGUUGUGGAGCUGUGCAAUGCGGGUCUCGAGCUAGCCAACGUGCAGCUGGGCCCCUAUAUCGAUGACUGGAUUAAAAAGCACUUUCCAGAACAGCGGGGUGGUAAGAAGGGUGGUAAGAAGGGGAGAGAAGGGGAACAAACCCCCUCAGAGAAAACUACGCCCAAAUAA